CGCUUUGAAAUUGUUCUGGUAUUUAUACUAUCCCACUGGGUUUGCUUUCGAUAAUCUAUAUCUUCACCAUCCUGAUCUGCAUCUUUAACAUGUAUCUCAACGUAGACAAAGAGCUUCCUUUGUUGCCCAGAUACUUGAGCACACCCACUGGCGCAAGGUCAACGCCCUUGGCACCUUCGUCCACUGGUGACCGAGUUAAUAUGGAACCCCCGUACCCAACGCUCGUGCUCGAACGUUUCCCAUCAUCUGCAGAGCUUGCACUUAUUAGUUCCUGGCAUGAUGCCACCUCAGCUCGGCAAGUUCGCUUUCAGCGCAAGUCAACGCCUGAUGAUUGUCUGCGUUCUUUUCCACCGCCAAUGUCUGAAGCGGAGAAGGCUACACUAAGGACUUCAUGUGAAAAUGACAACACUACACCCCAGAAACAACGGGGAUUAUUCACCGGGGAACGGCCAGUAGAUGCGCAAAAGUUUGAAGAGAAAAGGCCGAAAACAUCAAUGCCUUUCUGCUCCCAGAAAUUCGCUCCAUACGAGGCCACUGCUUUUACCACGCCCACGCGGCCCGCUUAUGCUCCUGUUAAUCAGCUCGCUUUUACCUCCGCACCCACUCAUUCAAUCGAUGCUCCGGGUGAUGAGCUCGAUGAGGCGUCGCAGGCACCAGGAAUUGACAUGAAUGAUGGAGGUAUCUAUCUCACUUUCGAUCCCGACUUUAGAUCCUCCCGCGGUGAAGCCAUCCUUACUUUCUUGUCACCAAUUCCCGACGAGACAUACUCGCCCCCCGUUCCUCAGCACCGCUCCCUGAGCGAGGUCCAGUUUGGGCAGAGGUCAGCGAUGCCCCGGGUCACGUCUACCAAGGCCAGGAUGCAAUGAGCUUCAGUCUUUUUUCGGCGUUGAAAAUUGACCUGUUGUAGCCGGUCUACUUCAGCUUCACUGCCUCUCCUUCAUUCUAUAUUACUAUUCACUUUAUUCAACUCAUCACAUGGUCCUCUUGUGGCCAUUCUACGCUAGCUUCACGACAUGAAUCCC